CGCAGGACCGAUGGGUGCCCGGACGCGGAAGACCUGGCCCCGCGGAGGUUCCAGCUCCUGAAGCGUGGGAGGCGUAAGAGGCUGCAGGUUGUAGAUUUUGGUCUCGGCCCCGAGGGCUUUCCCCGGGCCAUUAGAACCCAAGAAAGGAAAAGGAGGCAUCGCGGCGGCGGCCGGCCAAACCCCCCACCUGUCCUCCUGGCAGGGAGGGGGGGCAGGAGGGGAGAAGCACCGAUCACAGGGCUGAGGAACCUCUGGGGCCAGGUCCCAAAGCAUGGGGGACUGGACCGCGUCCCCGAGCAUGGGGAGCUGGAGCUGCCGAGGCCGCCCGGCCGGGCCCUGCCCGACUGUCAGCUCUUUGGUGCUAGUGCUGCCCGGGCAGCCAGGGUGUCUGUAGCCCGGCCCCGCUUGAGGUCGUCGGCGAAAGAGAGCAUGAGUUCCGCUGCUGCCUAGUUUCCUCCCCCUCCUUCUCUGCUCCCUCCUUCCUCUUCCCCAUACCUCCGUCCUUCUUUCCCACCCCCGUGCUCCUCUUUCCCUCCACCCUGCCCUCCUCCUUUCCCCCUAACUUCUUCCUUUCCCCCUCUGUCCUCCUCUUUGUCCUCUUGCUUUUCCAUCUUUCCUCCCCCCUCUUGCCAUUUUACCUCCCGCUUCGAUCCCUUUUCCUGCUUCCUCUUCCCUCCACCACCACCUCUGCAUCCUCCUCCCCUCCCUCCCUUUCCUCCUCCCUUCCUCAUCCUCAUCCUCCUUCCCUCCUCCUCUCCUGCUUUUCUCCGCCCCGCCCCCGCCCCUCAAGCCUCCGCCCCUUAGCCCCCGCCCCCAGCUGCCCGUCCCCAGCAGCUCAGUCCCGCAGCGAGAGUCUGGGGAGUCCAUAGCCAAGCACCAGGAGCUGAGCACUGCCCGCUGUGCCUGCCUGCGAGUCUCCGACAUGGCUCAGGAAAAAAUGGAGCUGGACUUUGAGCCUGACACAUCUGAUGGGGGCACCCUGAGGAGAUCCAACAGCGCUCCCCUGAUCCAUGGGCUCAGUGACCUCUCGCAGGUUUUUCAACCUUACACAUUUAGAACCCGGAGGAAUAGCACAAUCAUCAUGAGCCGGCCCGGCUUGUUGCUGUCAUCCUCACCUAAUCGUAUUCCUAGCAGCAGACUGCAUCAAAUCAAAAGGGAGGAAGGCAUGGAUAUGAUGAACCGAGAAACGGCGCAUGAAAGAGAAAUGCAGAGCGCCAUGCAGAUAAGCCAAUCAUGGGAUGAAAGUUUGAGCCUGAGUGAUAGUGACUUCGACAAGCCGGAGAAAUUGUAUUCUCCGAAAAGGAUUGACUUCACUCCUGUUUCUCCUGCACCAUCACCCACCAGAGGGCUUGGAAAGCAGUGUUUUUCACCAUCCUUACAAAUGUUUGUGAGCAGCAGUGGGCUACCCCCAAGUCCUGUUUCUAGUCCAAGACGCUUUUCCAGCAGGAGAAGUCAGAGUCCAGUCAAGUGCAUUAGGCCCAGUGUUCUUGGUCCUCUUAAAAGAAAAGGUGAGAUGGAGACCGAGAGCCAGCCCAAGAGGCUCUUCCAAGGCACCACCAGUAUGCUGUCUCCAGAGGCUACCCAAUUGUCUGAUCUCAGUUCAUGUUCAGAUAUUUUGGAUGGCAGUAGUAGCGGCAGUGGCUUAUCCUCAGACUUGCUGGUUAAAGGCAGCGCAACCGCAGAGGCUCCAGUAGCAUGUUCCAAUUCACGCGCUCCGUUCAUCUUGAUGGAUGAUCUCUCACCCAAGUGACUUACCCAUUUCUGACUCAGUGUCCUAACUGCUGUUUCCUGCACAAAACACUCAGUGAGGAGCCCAGGGAACUUUGAUCCAUAAUGAGGAUUAAAGUGUUACUGAUCGAAACCAUUUCUGUGCCGUUCUUUUUUGGCACCUGUCUUCUCCAAAGUGUUGAUUUUUACGAGUAGUAGGAACCUUAUGUCUCCUUUUGCCGAUCUCAUUUUGAACUCAUGACUAAAUCUCAAAUACUCAGUUUCUAUUGCUUUGAGUGUAUAUAUGUGUGUGUGUAUAUAUAUAUAUAUAUAUAUAUUUUUUUUUUUUUUCCCCCCCUCAGUGCCUCAAAGAGCACCUAUUUUAGGAUCUAUACGUUUAAGGAAAGCAUUCAUGUGUCGUUUUGUUAAUGGUUCUUUUCCCCAGCAGAUGUGACAGCUCGAGUUGAUCAGAAAUUCUCUUGCUUGAGAGAUUUUUUUGGGGCUCUUCUCUCUUUCCGCAUCGUUUCCGAUCUCUAACUCGCCAUAUUCGUCCAACUGCUUUUGAUCAUAUUACAUUUUUCUUUUUCUGCAUCUGCUUAAAGUACCUUAUUUCGUUUCCCUUUCCUGUUGGAGCUGCUUCCUUGUCAUUCCUCACCGAGGGGAAAAAACAUGGCGUUGCUUUCAUUGCUGCCCAUGUCGCUUCUUUGCUGUUGGGAGUGUGUGACCCGAGGAUGGGUUUUAGUGCCCAGAAUGUACACGAGCUCAGAGGAUGCCUGGGUUAGCCAGCACAGCUGCUUAGGACUCAGCCAGCACAGUUGUUGAUGUUUUUCUCCCCGCACCGGUUGCCGUAAGGAAUAUAUAAAAUAUUGUUAAUGUUUCUAGGUGGUGUUAUCAAGGAGAAGAAAUCCCUGCCUUGACCAGAUGUGUGGAGCAUCUACAAAUGAAUGAAUAAUGUUCUUUACACCCAAACCCCUGUGUAGAAAAGCGUGUGCGGCGCUUGACAGCUUGUCUCAGAUGGUGUCACGGGGCCUCGGGGUCCGUGUCGCUCUGUAAAGACCUGCGCCGUCAGGUAGGGUAGAAGGGGGGCUUUCUGUGUCCGAUUGCCACAGACUGUGUCGACUGCUGCUUUCUUUCUCAUUACUUUUUUUUUGUCAUUGGAGCCGUUUGCUCUGUCGUGCGGUGAGUGGUGCUGCCAACUGCCUUUUGGUUCUCGUGCGGCCCCCGGAAUCAAAGUCCAGUUCUUGCACACGCUGCCUCCUAGGAGCUGCGCGAGUCAAUGUCCUUGUGCAUUCCGCUUUUAAGAAGCUGUCUGAGCUGUCACCAGUGUACCCGAUAGGACGUCUGCGGUAUCAUAAAUUACUUCACAUUUAAAAGAGGAAAAUCCUGAUUGAGCUUUUUGUAAAAAAACAAAACCAAAACCAAAACCCGAGUGUAACCUAUUGCAGUGUUAUUUCUUAUUUAAAACUCUUUGCAAAAAUGUCCUUGUGGUAGAUGGCUUUUAAUGUUCAGACAUGGUGUUUGGAUUGUCUGUAUUUAAUAUGCAAAUUUGCCUGCUAGGACCAGAAUAUUCCAUUUUCCAAUGAAUGUAAAAAACGAAAACUACUGCAUCUGUGUCUUUUGAAGUCAAAGGUCCUUGCGUUUUAAAGGAAGAUGAUGGCUUAGGGGGUACUCACUGGUAGUACUGCAGGGCUCGAAGGGAAACCUCUUCUCCUUGAAUUACAAGAGCACAGCACUUAGCUUGCCGUAAGUAGUUCUCUUGUAAGCAUCGGCUGUGGUGUCUAUUACGAAUCGUGAUAACCGCCAUCACAGCCAUUCAUGGCUUUAUUUCUCAUCUUGGCUUUCACCUGGGCAGAGCCCAUAAUCCUUGAAACCUGACAUGAAUGUAUAUAUCAUGAAGAUUGUUCUCUCUAUGCCAUUUUAAAGAAAAAUUACUUUGAUGGUAUUCAGUGUAUUUAUUGUUUGUGAAAGAACCAUGUUGAAAGUUUCUGCUGAUAUGAUACUGAGAGGUGGUUUUCUCUUAUAAAAUAUUUAUCCACCUGCAAUCUCUUUUCUUUGCCUUAAAGGGACACUUCGGGCCAUCACUUUUUGGCUUGAAUUUAGGACUCUUAAGACAUAACCUUUGGAAUGUGAUCACUUUAAAAGUUAUUUUUGAAAUUCAGUGGCGGGGUAGAAUUGAGACAGGAAAAUAAAUUGCUCCAAUGGUACGAGAACUAGGCGAGGUGACAUUUUUUUCUGUUUAAACCAAGGUUCAUCGUUACUGUUUAAAGUGACUAGAAAGUUAAGUUUAUGCAGGGAUCGUUUUGGCAUAAAUAAAGAAAUAGAGACGCUAACCUUCAGAUGAGUUUUGUUGACAGUACUCCUUUAUUUUUAUAAAAGUUUAAUAUUUGACAAGUGAUCAUUGUUAUAAAGUAAAAAUGUUUCUUCCUAUUCUAAUACGAUAUCAUAUUUCAGGCCUGAUUUGAAACAAGUACAAGAGAUGAUACGAUAAAAUUUAAGAGAUGCUCUUUUUGCCGGACUGACUUAUGUAAUCACUGUGUUUCCCAAUGACUGCUUUUGGAAUACUAGGAAGUUUUGUGAAAUGCCGACCUUUGUGUAUAUCUUAGAAUGCCAGUUUAAUAAAGUGUGUACACGUGCAUAGAA